AUGGCCGACAACGCAGAGGCGGGCGGCGAUGCCCAAAUCACCUUUCGGGUCAAGACGGCGCAGGACGGCUCGCACACCAUCACCAUGGCCGAGUCGGCGACCGUCUUGGACCUCAAGACGAAGCUGUCCACCGCCGAGUUUGAGAAUAUUCCCGUCGACCGACAGCGCCUCAUCUACUCGGGCCGUGUGAUGAAGAACGACGACACGCUGGCCACGUACAAGAUCAAGCCCAACAACACCAUCCACAUGGUCAAGAGCGCCGCCAGCAAUGCCGCUCCGGCUGCUGCGGCCGCUGCCUCGACACCCCAGGCCGUGCCGACCAACAUGGCUUCGGGCACCGCCAACAACCCGCUCGCCGGCCUCACUGGCGCCAGAUACGCUGGCCACCAGAUCAACCUCCCGGGGAUGGACAUGUUUGGCCCCGACGGUGGCAUGGGUCCUCCGAUGGACGAGGAGCGAUUGUCGCGCAUGAUGGCGGAUCCCAACGUGCAGCAGUCCAUGAACGAGGCGCUUAACAACCCCGACUUUGUCAACAUGCUCAUCGAGGCGAACCCCAUGCUGCGCAACAUCCCCAACGCUCGCGAGAUCAUUACAUCACCCUUUAUGCGACAGAUGAUGAGCAACCCGCAGAUGAUGACACAGGCGAUGCGGAUGCAGCGGAGCAUGGGCAGAGGCGAGUCGGCAUUCCCUGCCCCCGGCGCCACAGACACGACCCCCGACGGUGCGCCUGCGGCAGAUGGUGCAGCCGGCCAGGCAAACGCCCAGCAGCAGAACCCCUUUGCGAACCCGUUUAUGAACCCGUUCAUGGGGGGUGCUGGCGGCGCCAACAGCCUGAGCAUGCUCCAGCAGCUGCUGAAUAUCCCUCCUCCGCCCGCACCAGCCGGCAACCCGGCCGGUACCGAGACGACGGGGACGACAGAGAACAGAGGAGCGGCGGCAGCAGGAACCGGAGGCAACGCGGGUGCGGGCCAAGCCCAGGCGCCGCCGAACCCCUUUGCGGCUUUGUUCCCGCCAAACGCAACGGGAGGAGCAGGGGCGAAUCCGUUUGCCAUGAACCCGGAGCAGUUCCAGCAGAUGAUGCAGAUGUUCUCACCACAAGCAGCCGCCGCCCCACCGGACAACAGACCGCCCGAAGAGCGCUACGCAGAGCAGCUCCGACAGCUCAACGACAUGGGAUUCUACGAUUUUGACCGAAACGUGGCCGCUUUGAGACGCAGUGGAGGAAGCGUGCAAGGUGCCGUCGAGCACCUGCUGGGCGGGAAUUAG